GCAAAAGCGAAGAAGUGGCACAAAAACGGCGCACCAACGACGCAGCACAGCGAUGAUGAUGGCUGAGGAGGAGACGAGGUUGAUCUUGGUGCGGCACGGGGAGACAACAUGGAACGUGGAGCGGCGGCUACAAGGACAUCGCGAUGUGGAUCUCAAUGAAAAGGGCAAGCAGCAGGCCAUGUGUGUUGCCAGGGCGCUACAGGAUCGACAUGUGCAUGCAGUGUACUCGUCAGACCUCAAACGAGCACACGACACCGCCCGACACAUCACAGACAUUCACCCCACCUUCUCUGCAGAUAAUAUUGUGCGGGAUCCCGCGCUCCGUGAGCGGUGCUUGGGCAUCUUGGAAGGGCACACGCGAAUGGAAUGCGCUCUCCAUUUCCCAGAGGUUAUUGGCAGCAUGGGAGAGCCAGACUUUGAACUUGAGGGCGGAGAAUCCCUCGCGGAGUUUGCAGGACGCGUCACUACAGCUCUGGACCGCAUUGCUGCAAACCACCAAGGGGAGACGGUGCUGGUUGUCACGCAUGGUGGCGCUCUAAACGUGGCAUUGACACACAUUCUGCAGCUGCCGUUUGGUCGCCCACGACGGUUCGCCAUCUCCAACGCUAGUAUAAACGAGUUCACGUGGCACCCCACUCAUGGUUGGCAUCUCGAGACGUGGAACAGUGUUGUUCACUUGCAAGACGACCACGCCCCGCUCCGCCACGUGCCCUCGAAUCAAAUGAAGAAACUAUCAGAGUAGGCAACAGAGGGGGGUGGGUGAGGGGCAAAGAACAGCUGGGGCACAGGCUAUGGGAUCGAUGACAUGGUGUGCAAUGAUGUAUGUGACAGAACUCAAGCCAAUGGGCCAGGUGGGCAGCUUGACUUGUUGAUGUUUGCUUUCGGCUUUCGCUGUCGUGUUGUGUCAGUGCUGAGAGGAGAGAAGGAGGUUUGGGAACUUGGCCUUGAACUCUCGGAUCUUGGCUUCCUCUUGCUCUGCAGCAGCAGCAGCAGCAGCAGCAGCA